GUAUCAUGCGAGAUUUAGAAAGAAUGAACAGCAAGAAGACUGGGAAGUCGCGAGGCUAUGCCUUUAUAAUUAUAAACUUCACAUGUCAUCAACAUGCCCUGAAUGCCCUCAGAAACACCAAUAACAAUGCCGAUUUGUUUGGCGAGGAUAAGAGAUUGAUUGUAGAAUUUUCACUGGAAAAUAAAGCAGCUCUACAGGCCAAAGAAAAACGAAUGGAGAGACAAAAGGGACGCCUAGAAGCUCUUAAAAAGGCAAAAUCAAAAGACUCUUUCAAUGAGACCACAGAAGAAAAGAAAUCAAAAAAGCAGCAGAAAGUCCAGAGCCCGAAAAUGGUGGACAAGUUUAUAGGGAGUCUCCCAGCUGCAGAGGAUGGUAAAAAGUUACCCAAAGGCCUUCCCUCCCACUGGGGAGCAAAAAGUCAGGCACAAACCUCGGCCAGCCGUGACGACGACUAAUAAAAAGUCAAAAAAGAAUGUACUUAAAAGGAAAUUUGAGGAGACAGGUGUAUUUAGUGAAAAUGUCAAAACUGUGAAACCUAAGAAAAGGAAAACAGAUGGUGUUGAUGACUUUGAAUUGUUGGUGAAU